AGUUCAACAGUUGUCUGGCAGGUGGAGUAAGACCCAAUGAAUUAUUUCUCAUUCUCAUGGCGACCUUAGUUUAGUACGGGAUUCGAUUACUGUUUUUUACCUUUUUGUUUGUUGUUAAAUAUAUAGUGGAAAUAUAUAUUUAUAUGUGCUGUUAUUAUCAAAUUAAUCGUCGUUUUCCUUUUUAUCGUGUUACAUAUGCAAAAUGUUUUUGUGUUAAAAUGUGUUGUGUUUAUGUUUUGGGUACCAAAAUAACAUUAGGAUUUUUAACAGAGAGGAAUAGGUGCUAUAAAAAGGGCUAACCAUGAGGCCACGAUUUCCCAAAACUAUAAAAGAUUGGAUUGCUGUGGCAAGCACGAAGUGGGGCCUUAUAAACAGGCUCUUAUCAACAUGAGUGAAAGAAACGAGAGAAGUAAAUACCUUGGUAAAUCGAAACAACAACAACAACAACAACAACGUCUUCAUGAAGCUAGUUUCGAUCACAAAGCGCCUAGGCCUCCAGUGCCUGGAGAAGAAAGAAGCCAUUUCAUGUCAGAUUGGGAUCCUUCUCCUUCGCAAGUGGACUGGAUCAAACAUAAGUCUUCCUCACCGCCUCCUAGAAAAUUUUACAAUUACGCAAACGAAUCCCCUCCAGCUCCCUGUGGCUACGAACCCGACGGUAGUUGCCGAUCGAAUUCCCGUUCCUCUUCCAAAAACGGUACUUCCAGCGACAAUUCUCCCCCGCCAGCCUGCCUCAAGUGGGCAAACUCAUUGCAGUCUCUGCUCCAAGAUCCAGAUGGAGUUAGACUCUUCCACAUUUAUCUCGAAUCAGAAGGCCAGCACCAUGCCGACGCACUGGACUUCUGGUUCGCCUGUGAAGGACUCCGGAAACAUACUGCUAGAGAAAAAAUACAACAAUUGGUUAAAGUUAUUUAUAAAAAAUUUUUCGUUAAAUCGGCUCUUCCACUUGACGACGAGCUGAGGAAAGAGAUAGGAAAAAAUAUAAAAUCUUCACAGUGCCUUGAGCCUCCCGUAACGUUAUUUGACAAAGCACAAGCUAUUGUUAAACAAUCAAUAGAUAAGACGACCUACCCCAACUUCCUUAAAAGUGAUAUGUACCUGCAAUAUUUAGAGAAUGUUCAAAACCUUAGUAGCAGUAGUAGUGAUUUCGGUAACGAUUAUUCCAAUUUGGCAAACGGACCUGAUCCUCUUCCUACUUUACAUGAAGAUAUGGAACUGAUCAUGAAUCCACCCGUACAUUUAAGUCAUGCAUCUGGUACGGCUAGUGUAAGUACGGGUUACCAUACACCAAAUGUGAAUAUAGGUGCACCACAGGUGCGUCUUACCAAAGAUCUUUUAUUGAUAUCACAAAAUCGUAGAGCUGUCGAUUCUAGAACAAAAUCAGAAACUUUUGCCAGUAUGAUCAUGUACCGUGGACUGAAUGGAUCAGGAGCUCACGCCGCCUAUAAUUCCUAUAACCCGGUUUCGAGGCAAGAUAGCGAGUUGCAUUCCCUUAGUAGUCAUUCGGAUGCCAGGACGGAAUCCGACAAUAUGUCAAUGACAGAUAGCUCUGUUGAUGGUAGAUCGAAUAAAAGGAAAGAAGUUCUAGAAGCUAGAAAAAUACGAGAACUGGCAGCUAGGAAUAAAGAAACGCAUAUGCAGCAAGUUUUUAUUCCGCGAACACAACGAGUCGAUACGAAGCAAUGUAGAGCUAUGGACAUUAACACGUUCGCUGCCAUUCUAAUCGAAAAAUUAACGCCUAUAAAAAGGGAUCAGGAUCAACAAGAACUUUUAGAAAAGAAACUCAAAGAAAACGAAUCAAAUUCGAAAAGCGAUAUCCAGUCAGCAAUAAGAGAACUAGAAUUAGGCGACGAUAAUGAUCCGGAAGAUAUUUUGGAUCAACACCUUUCCAGGGUUUUAUCAGAUCGUAAUUCUUGUAGAUCACCUGGAUUGUGCAGUCCUAGACAAUUUUCACCUCCAAGGAAUAGACAUGUCCAAAAUUCUUAUCCUCGAUCGAGAAGAAAAGAAAAAGAAGGUUCGCUUUACAGUAUAGAUUCGGGAAAUGUCCACGAUUUCGCUGACGGUUCCGAACACAAAAUGACUAUGGUAAAAUCUAAAAGUAUGCCCGAAUAUGCCGAAGAACGAUUUGUACGAGCGCCAUCAGGAAGAAGGUUGCCGAAAAAACCUCAAUCAGAAUUUGCCGACAGUGGGGUAUCGGUGGUAUCAGACGCUGCCCCAAUGCCAGUAAAAGAAAAUCGCGUAUUGAACUGGCUACUAGAAUCCGAUAAAAGUGGCAGGGGACAAAGUCACACCCACAGUGAAAUGUCACUGAAACACCGGAGCCAUAGAACCAGCAGUGCUACGUCUCCUAGUGCGGGAAGAAGAAGAAAAGGAUUCGGUUCGAGGUCGAGCUCGUUAGAGAGAAGUAGCGGAAAUGCUAAUCUAGUUCCUGCCCAACCUUUCAUCGCUGAUCCUAAUAUGCCUCCCUUACCAUCGCCUAAUACAGCGAUACAAUUGGAAGAAGCUAGAAGAAGAUUGCUGGAGGAUGAUAUCAGAAAUAGGCCUAAACAAAGGUCUCCUGCGAGUAGAUACUACUCAGAAAUAUCCCACAGUAGUCAAUCGACGUUGAAGAAAUCUAUAAGGGGUCCUAGACAAGUUAACGUAGGUGUAUCUGAUGAUGUAACAACAGUUGUGUUUACUUUUUGCGAAGAACAGUUUCCUUAUAGAACCAAAAUUCCUGGUACUCAGAUAACUUUGAGACAGUUCAAAGAGUAUCUACCCAAAAAGGGAAAUUACAGAUACUUCUUCAAGACUUUAUGUGAAGAACUUGGUAACACGGUUAUCCAAGAGGAAGUUAGUAAUGAUGCAGAGGUACUUCCGUUAUGGGAAGGUAAAAUAAUGGCCCAAGUGAAGCCAAUCGACUGAGUUUUUAUUUAAGUUCUAACUGAUACUAAACAGAAAACUAUUUAAUGAUUAAUUAAAGUCCUUUUUAACCUUCUGUAGUAAGUUUUUUUGCAAAUAAUUUAUUUUUUUCUUCUUUGUCGUUGAAUGUUUUUUUUUUCCUAUCUAAUAAGACAACAUUUUGUAAAAUUUGUGCAUCGGUUAGGCAUUUCAGAUAUUGUUAAAGGUACCCUAAAUGGGUGAAUAACUUUAAAAGAAUAAUUUCAAAAUAAAAGCUUCGCUCUGAUUUUAAAAUAAUUUCCAAAAAUACAUCGAAAUUGAUGAAAGCAGAUACCAUUUGUAACGCUUUUUUAACUUAACCUCUUGAAAUAGACUGAAAUUGCCUUGUUUCUUGUGUAUUAUUUUUUUAUUGCAUUCAUGUUAUGAGUUUAUACUGCCAAUGCAUUAUUUUUUCGAUUGUGUCUAUUUAAACUGACACUCAAACACAUAAAUUCGCCCAAUUUAGUCGCUAAGUCCACCUAAGUUUUUUUUUAGGAAAAUAUGUGUUCAUAACGUUUCUUUUUUCAUUAUUAGGAAAUAUUUCAGGUAAUUAAAUUAAAAUGAUAACAGUAUAAAGUCAAUUACCGCAUCAAACACAUACUUUUCUUCAAAGAAGCCCGUGUAGCAUUUUCGUUUUGUAAAAAGGUAGCGUUAAACUUCUGAAUAUAAUUUAUUUAUUGUUAUUUUUUAAGAAAUAGUAAUAUUUUUUUAAUUGUUACAAUUUUUAAAAGAAAAAAGCAACAAAUUUUUGUAAAAUAGACUUUUGUAAUUAGAUCAUAGAUAGUAGAAAGUACUAUAAAAAAGAGAACGGCAAUAAUGUCUAUAAAUGAAGAUUAGUAGGUGCGUAUAUUAAGUGCCUUCAAUAUAUCUGUUCACUUUAUCGCGAAAAAAAAACUGAUUCAAUUCUAAAAUAAAACAACUGAAUUAUUUUUCACUAUCAUAUAUGCUGUUGUCCUUUUUAUCCGAAUACGAACCUUUGGAAGACCAGAAAAACCAUAUAGUGUGUUCAGAAUUAAUAUCACCACAUAUUCCAACUUGAUAACGGUUGGAAUUCAACAAAUCACACACUGAUUAACAGUUUCAGGUUUUUUUUUUUUAGUUUUUCAUCUAUUUUGACUUAUUUCAAAAGUAUAGGUAGGGUUCUAUAGUUAGUUCUUUUUUUAUUAAUUCUUUAUGUGUAUGUCUUCUCUAUUCUUCUUGGGUCCUUUUUAUUCAUUUUUUCUACCUCCCAUGAGUACUAAACAAUUCUGAAUUUACCUGUAAAAUGAUUAGUUAAAUCUUAGGUACCAAUGACUCAAUAUAUCUAUGGAAUCCUCGAAGAACCAUACAAUGUAAUUGUGAGUUUCAGUUUCUUUCGAUUAGUUACAAUUUCUAUUUCAAUCUCAAAUAUAUAUUUUGUUGUUUCACCUAAUCCUAGAAGUGAAUUAAUUUCAUUUACGUUACUCUAAUUUUCACUAAAAGUAGGAAAACUACAAAAAAAAUUUCCUCGAUAUAGUAAACAAUAUAAUCAGUUGUUUUGUUAAAGAUCGAUUAAUUUCCACAGAAUAUGAGUUAAUAGGAUGCUUCCAAUAACAAUUCCUUAAAAAGUUGUACUUAAAAUAAUGGAUUUUGGAGUGGUUUUGUGGAAAAAAUUAAUAAAAAGAAAUGCCUAUUCUCAAAAUAUUUAUUUCAUAAGAAUUUAAAUUGUUCAAACAAUUUUUUUUUAUAAGAUUUUGGUCAUUAUUAUUUCACAUUGAUGGAUUUCUAAAGGAUCAAAUGAACAACUUUUUUACCCCGUUACUAUAUUUUUAAUUGAUAUUACUUCAUGUUAAUGUAACUCAAUAGAAUUCCAGUUCUACUUAAAAUGUCCUCACUAAUCUAUGUAUGAACAUACAUAUUCUUUUUUUAUAUAUAAACCUAACUACAGUGUGUUCGAUAUAAAUCAAACUAUUCUGUUACUUAUCCUCAUCAGUAACCAAAAAAUCUAAUUGAAAAUUCGGUUUCUAAACUAUCCAAAUUAGAAAAUAAUAGAAUAUUUGAAGACUCUGUGAAAGUAAAUACUGAAUAGUAGACAUUCUUUACUUAUAGUCUUAUUUUUUGCAAGCCAAGACUCAUGUCUUACUCAGCAUAUGUUUUCUGUCCAUAGCAAAUAUUUUCUUAUAAUCCAAAGAAUAUUUUUUCGCAUUUUCUUUGUUAUUCAAAAACCUAAAUAAUACUUUAAUUGAAGUAUUUGCAAACAAUUACAUACUACUAACUCACAUAUUGUGUAUGAAAAUAAAAAUUUUUCAAACUUAGUUUUAAAAAAUUUUUUAUUUUUCAGUAGUAUAGUAGAAUUUGUUUCGCUAAUACUAACGUUUCAUCUACCAGAAACUUUUUUCCAUUUAUUUAAUCAUUAAUAGGAAAAUUUUUUCAUUUAGAAAGUUUUUUGUCUUACCAGGUAUGAGAAUAGCUGUUUCAUUUUAAGGUAACCUUGUAAAUAAACUUGACAUGAUUAUAUAUAAGUAUAUAACGCAAAUGUAUUAUUUUUUUUAAUUAAAAUAAAUAUUGUUAAUACAUGGGAGCAUCCUUUUUAUAUAUAUAUAUAUCUACCACAAAUUCUUAUCUCCACAAAAACAAAGUUUGAUUAAAUAAACAAUCACAAAAUUAUCUUUUUAUUUCCAAUCACUUAGUGUAGAUUCAUAUACCUCAUUUCUUUUUGUUUGUUUUUUUUUUCUAGUAAAUAUUUUUAUAGAAAAGUAAUGAGCAUUUUGUGAGUACUUUUACUAUUAACCUAAUUUGUACAUUUUAUAAUAGAACUGAUUGAACAAAAA